UCAUAGUCAUCAGGUGGAGACAGGCAGGGAUGUCGAUAUGGAUAAACUACAACGCACGGAUCCCUAACAAUACUCCGGCGCCACCAAUGCAAGUCGCCAUGCAGGUGAUCCCAGACUCGAAGCUCAAGAUGGCCAUGAUGGAGGAAUUCAUCGAUGGCAUAGCAAGGGAGAAGUUGAUCCGCUUCUCACGCCACCAGCUCGCGAAUUUCACACGUAAUUACACCACAAGGUUGGGCUCGGGCGGCUAUGGGGUAGUCUACAAAGGAGAAUUCCCAAACGGGGUUCAAAUCGCCGUUAAGGUCCUCAAUGGGCGGUUGAAUGAAGUAGUAGAAGAGCAGUUCAUGGCGGAAGUGGGAACAAUCGGUAGGACCCACCACAUCAAUCUAGUCAAACUCCAUGGAUUCUGCUUCGAUGCUGCAAAGAUAGCACUUGUUUAUGAGUACAUGGGGAAGGGAUCGGUCGACAAGUUAUUGUUCAACAAGGACCGUCCAAUCGGGUUGGACGUGUUGCAUAAGAUCGCCGUAGGGACGGCAAAGGGGAUCGCGUACAUUCACGAGGGUUGCAAACCGAGGAUAAUUCAUUACGACAUUAAGCCCGAGAAUGUUCUUCUCGAUGAGAAUUUCACUCCCAAGGUAGCGGAUUUUGGCUUGUCGAAGAUAUGUAGCUGGAACCGAUCGCAGUUGACGAAUAUCGGAUUUAAGGGGACACCUGGUUAUGCAGCACCGGAGAUGUGGGCCCCUUAUCCAAUCACAUAUAAAUGUGAUGUGUACAGUUUCGGGAUGUUCUUGUUUGAGAUUGUCGGGAGAAGGCGGAACUUCGACGAUAAGGCAACGGAGAGCCAGAAGUGGUUUCCAACGUGGGUGUGGGAUAAGUUUGAAAAUGGGGAUUUGGUGGGAGCAAUGGAGCUUUACGGGAUCGAGGAGAAGGAUAGACUGACAGCCAAGCGAAUGGCUGUGAUUGCUUUGUGGUGUGUUCAGUUUAAGCCGGAGACUAGACCUCCUAUGAGCAGUGUGGUGAAGAUGUUGGAAGGGGAAAUGGAGAUCAUCGCUCCACCAAACCCGUUCCAACAUCUGAUGCCUUCCAAAGAGGUUGUCACCGCGUGGACAGAAAGCGAUACAAAUUCGACUGAGAGAUCGAUUGCAAUUAUACCACAACCUGAGGAAGUAUGAAAUAGAAAUGGCUUAGCUCAUUUGAAGGGCAGUAAAAUAAUCAUAAGGCUCCAGUCUGUUCAAGCCAAGGUUUUACCGAGUCUUUUGGUCGUGAGUCAAGUCACAACUCGGAUGACUCAGUAAUAACUUUUUUAUAGUUUCAUAGAAAUGGGUUUUUUUCUACUUUCUUGGAAUCCCAAUUUGGGAGAUUUAUUGUUCUUAGAUUGUAAUAGAUUUUUUAAGUGAUGACCAGUUGCAUGAAAGGUUAGCCAGA